GCAUAAUUGGUUUCAUCAUCAUUGUACCUCAGCCCUUAAGAAUUAGGAGAUGGGCAGGCCUCCAUGCUGCGAUAAAUCCAACGUGAAGAAGGGACUUUGGACUGAGGAAGAAGAUUUGAAGCUAAUAGCUUAUACCAACACUCAUGGAAUAGGAAAUUGGACUUCUGUUCCAAAGAAAGCAGGGUUGAAGAGAUGUGGGAAGAGCUGUAGGCUAAGAUGGACUAAUUAUCUGCGCCCUAAUUUGAAGCAUGAGAGCUUCACUCAACAAGAAGAGGAGAUGAUUAUAACACUUCAUGCUACAAUCGGAAGCCGGUGGUCGGUAAUCGCACAUCACCUCCCGGGUCGAACAGACAACGACAUAAAGAACCACUGGAACACAAAACUGAGCAAAAAACUGUGCCAGCAAGGCAUCGACCCCGUCACCCACAAACCCAUCUCUCAAAUCAAGGAAACCAUCACCACUCUAGCCGCCGCCGCCGCCGCCAACCACCACCUCCUAAUCCACCCUCCACCCUUCAACACCCGCGUCAACAGCUGCCUGAGCCGCGACCUCAAGAACGUCCUCCUCUCCAAACCGCAACAAUUCUACGAACCAACAACAGCCACAAGCACCACAUUGGAUGAGGUUUAUAAGCAGGAUAAGGAGAUCAAAUGGAGCGAUUAUCUCGUCGACGAUGUUUUCGUGCCGAACCAAGAGAAGGAAUUGGUGGUGAAUGGAUAUGGGAAGGAGAAGGUGACAAGUGCAGUGGAUGAGGAGGUGAGUAGUACUGUGUUUGGAGGUGAAGGGAGUAGUAGCUCGAGUUCUUUUGUGGAGGGAAUAUUAGAUCAGGGGAGGGAGAUGAUGAUGGAGUUCCCUGAGUUUUUUUAUGAUUUGCUGUAGGCGUUUGUGCGUUGAGGAUCUUAGUUAGGAACUUCGUGUGGAGUAUUAGUAAAUUAUUUUAAACUUAGGUUGAUGUUUAGUCAGGGUGGUAGUUUCUAGUUAUUGUUAGUGGGUGUGGUCAUGUGAUAUCUUCUUUUAACUGACAAGGGCUUACUUAAAUAA